UCAAAACCACUUCCAACGUUAUCCUUUCUUAUUCCCAAUGUAACAGUUAUUGCUAUCCUGCCUCUUUAUCUUCUCCGCUUUCUAUUAUAUCUAUCCACGGUUCAUAUGAGGCUCUCUUUUUUCUAGAUAAAACCAUUUCUAUGGGUUGUUUUGUUAUUUCUUCUCCUGAUCCUAUCCCUUUUCCUGAUAAUUCAUGAAUCAGAUCAGAAGUCAAGAAUGAUUAAAGAAUUGGCCUGCAGAUCAAAGGGGUAAAGUUGGAGGUGACAGAAGAGAGUGAGCACAAAUGGUGUUUUCUUGCAUGAUUUCCAUGCUUGAAGCUAUGUGUGCUUACUCUCUUCCUGUCACCCCACUCUCUCUCUUCUCCUUUAUUUAUCUGAGGAAAUGACCAAAACACGGGACUUUUUUGUCUGACACGCCAAAAAACGGGAAUUGGAAUUAGGUUACCAAAAUGCGGGAGUCGGAUUUCCGUGUACCGACCAGGGGUAGGGCAUUGUUUAGGGUGAGGGCUUCCUGUCGGAAUUGGGAAAUCCGACAAGGUAUAGAUUUUUUUUUUGAAAUUAGACAUUAGGCCAACUUGGAUCAAUUAAAACCCAAAAAAAAGUCAUUAGCAUCCUCCUGUCGGAAUUGGGAAAUCCGACAAGUAGUUACAGAUUUUUUUUUAAUUUUUUGAAAUUAUACAUCCGGCCAACUUCACUCCAACUUCAAUAGUUAAAAGUUUAAAUUAGUUAAAUAUUUGUAGAUGGUAUUUUCGAUUAGUUAAAUAUCAUGUAAUAAUUAGUUAAAUGAUGUAACACCGUCCCCAAAUGUAUUUACUUUUAAGUGAAUAAGGUAUUGAACCUUAUGGAAUGGUUAAUGAAUAUACGAAGUUGUGAAUUUUUAUUAAUUCUUUUGCGUGAAUAGUGAAUUCCCACGUGGGGCCCACACCGGGAGCGGGGGCCGCCCGAUAUUCCCGAGACCAUAUAUUUUUAUUCAUCUUGAUUUAGAUAAUAUUCAUAUGGUGGUGGAUACUUCAUUUGGGCCAUGGAAAGGCCCGGAGUUGACCGAUUGGUCAAAAGAGGCCCAAAUACCGGUAUUGGUAAUUUAACAGAUAACAACCCGAAAUGAAUUUCGGAGACUAAUAAAUUAAAGUUGGGGAAUGUAUAUUCAUUCUAGAUGUCAUAAUGAUUAAGAACACAUAAUAUAUUUUAUUCGACCCGAUAAAAUAAAAUAUACUCCGUAUUUAAAACAGUCCGAAAAAUACAGGAGCCACGGGGGUAAGUGUCGUGACCCCCCUCGGUGCUACCAAUGUGGAGAUACGGGGCAUAUUAAGCCAAACUGCCCUCAACUUGGUGGGAACCGGGGGUCAGGACCAAGUGGUGUUACCACGGCGAGUAGGAACCAAGCCGGAGCAUCUCAUGCUAGUGCGGGCCAAGGGGGAGCGAGCACGAACAAUGCGCCGUCCGUGAAUCAGGGAAGAACUCAAGCUAGAGUUUAUGCGAUGACGGAGGCGGAUGCUCGAGCUAACCCGGAUUCUUUUGCAGAUUGGGUGCGGGCCACCUCAGGGUCGAAUCGGGCGGGUUUGGGACAAAACAGACCGAAAACAGAAACUCGGUACACGUUUUGCCUACAGGCACGCCGUACCUACCAGAAUUACGCCAGGUCAUUCAACAUCAACAUCUUCCAUAUGGGUGUCGGUGGAUCGUCCCCAAGUCAUACAAGAAUGCCCCAAGACACUGUGUACGCUUGUACCGGGACCUUUUAGAUCGCAUGAGUGAGAGUCAGGUAGUACUCGGAAUUUAUACUUCAACCGAACUAUUCAAUUUUAUGUACACAUUGUUUUACACUUGUUAAACUUAAAGUAAAAUCUUAUAAAUUUACUAUUUACAGUUUGACUUCUUUCCCUACCCGUUCAACACACUCCCACAUAUCUGCGUUGAUGACAUCCAGCUUUGGGCAUACGAGGGGAUGCUCAUAUUUUGCAAUAUGGCUGAAAGGCAUUACCCUGAUCGAUUUCUUCGGCAGUACUAUAUAAUGUUCGAUAUUCCACAAGACGCUAAGCAGGGUAAUGAUCAUCACACUAGUCGUUCUGCCGUAUCAACAUCUGUCUUGACAAUGUAGGCGAACCGACGGAAUAGUGUAUACCUGCUGGAUUACGAACAACAAAGAAUACUCACAGCGACUGAUAGGUACCAAAAUGGUACUCGCGACAUGGGAUGAUACGUGUGGGGAACCCUUCUCACGUUGCGCCGACGACAGGAUACACCCCGACAGCACGUGAUUGGGGUCUUAUGGUAAGUUAUUGAAUACAUACCAUAUUCAUUAACAUAUUUUGUGCCAUAUUAUUUAUACUUGUUACAUUUUUAUGCAAAAGCAGGGCUUUCACGAUGUGUACGAGCUCGCCAACCAGGCGGCGGGUUAUGAAAACAUUAAAGAACGGCUUGAGCGGUUGGCCAUGGAUGUAGGUGAUGAAAUGAUGCUCCACCAGAGUGUUUUCCUUUACCCGAAUGCACAAGAUGAGCCCGCUCUCGUCCCUCGUCUUACGCCUGAUCGACGAAUAGAUGCUCCCAGCCGUGAUCGCACACAUGGUCACGUUGAUGAAGAUAGAGAUGAAUAUGCUGGUGAUGGUGGAAACGAGGAAGAGGGUGAUGCAGCUGAAUAUGAAGGUGGGGGUGAGGAAUCACAAUUCUCUUCGCAUCAAGAUUUCACAAUUUUUGAACCACCGCUGUAUUAUGGUUCUUAUCAGUACUCUACAUAGUCAGAUGCAUAGUUUUCCACUUUUGAAGACACACCGGGGUUUUGGAGCACUGGCGGCGGUGACAUGCCAGGGCCGAGCAAGCAACGUUAGAUGUAGUAUUAAAUUUAUUAUUGUAUGCACGUAAUAUCUAUUUAUUAAUAAAUUACAUUAAAAACUACAUUUGUU